AUGAGAAAGUCAAUGCUCUUCUUUGGCUUUCUUCUUGUCUUCCUUGGCCUGGCUCUGCCAGGCACCCAGGGAAAAGUCAUCCCCCAAUGUGACUUGGUGAAGAUCCUACGUCAGCAUGGCUUUGAGGGCUUUGUGGGCAAAACUGUAGCUGACUGGAUCUGCCUGGUAAAACAUGAGAGCAGUUACAACACUAAAGCGUUUCAUAACAAUGGUGCAAGCAGGGACUAUGGGAUCUUUCAGAUCAACAGUCAGUACUGGUGUGAGGAUGGCAAGACCCGUGGAUCCAAGAAUGUCUGCCAUAUCAGUUGCUCAAAAUUUCAAGAUGAUAAUAUUGAGGAUGAUAUUCAGUGUGCCAAGAAGAUUGCUCAAGAGGCUAAUGGCCUCAGUCCCUGGUACGGCUGGAGAAACAAUUGCAAGGGCAAAAACCUGAGUUCCUAUGUCAAGGGUUGCUAAUUCACUCCACAAGCAGCAACUGUUUUCUCAGGAUCACCAGUGGUGAAGAGUGAGGGUGUAUGGCGUGGAGGCCAGGGAAAAUAGAUGGGUGUGGGGAAUUAAAAGCAACAUAUUAUGAAGGUAGAAAGUGUGCUGGCUAUUGUUAACACUAUGAGGACUUUGCGCUACUGCAAUGCAAGUAAAGAACUUAAAGGCUGAUGGCUUAGUAGAAACAAAGCUUAGCAGAAGGGCAUUACAGGUGGAGUUUCAGCCAUUUACUUGCAUAAUUCUGUCUCAAGAUUUUGUUGUCCUGACUAACAGGGCUUACCGAAGUUUAGGGUUUCUCUCUCUUUUUGUCUCUUUCUCUCUUCUCCUUGACCUCUCCCUUCCUCCCAUCCUCCCUCCCUCCCUCCCUUACCUUCUUUCAUUCUUUUGUUCUUUCUUAUCUGAGUGUAGAAAAUACGAAAAUUAAUGAAUGCUAUAUUAGUUAUAAGACCUGCAUAAUUGCAGCUGCCUUAUAACUAGGACACAGUCACGGACUGAGCUGGGUAGUACAGUUAGCUGACACAGAGAGACAACUAUGCUGAAACAUGACCUUGCUCCUUAAAUUUAUCCGAGCGUCUGCUCCUGGCUGGUGUGAGAGACAGGGCACUGAAGUGUAUGGACAUCUGGCCUGGCUGAAUAUGGCUUUUCUUAUCCUUUGAGGUAUUAGAUCAAACACAGUCUAGGAAAGAUGCAGGCAGCAUUUCUGUGAGGAAAUAAUGGGUUGGAAAGCCAAUUAGGAAAGGGAAAUAUUUUGCCAUUUAGGUCACGAGUCCUUUUUCCAAAUGAAGGCUGAAUCCAGAAACUGCACAAAUGGAAGGUGACAACACUGAAAACAUGUCUGCUUCUUCAUAUGCUUUGUUCUGCUGCUUGGUGAGCAGUGACUGCUUUUAUGUUUAUGCAAUAAAGGGAUGCUUUAA